AUGAACAGAGCCUCUUCUUUGCUAUGCUCCUUCUUCUCUCAUCAUCUUCCUCGAGGAUUUGCAAGAGGUUCUUCGGCAAGAACGAAAAAACACCAAUUCAUCUUCUUUUUCCCGUAUAGAAGUGGUAUCAUCAGUUCAUCAUUUCAUACCAACAACAAAUGUAACGAAGGACCAAAAGGAAUGACUGACUUAUUCAAGGAACACUUAAAGAGACAAAUUCAAAGCAAUGAAUCCGUACAGGCAGCUAUUCGUAGCUAUCAAGAAACAUUUCUAGCUAAAGGUGUGGAGAAGCUCAAACCUACUUUGUCGAAAGGUAAAGAAGCUCUCUCCAAAGGCUCUACUUCUCUAGAUGAAACUGCCGAGAAACUUCUACAAUCGGAAACCAUGUCUCGAGUUGGAAAAGCUGUAGAUUCUGCGUAUGAUGUUUUGAAUCAAAGGGUUGGACUUAAAUAUAUUACUGGAGAAUCUGCUGGUAACAGAAUUUCGGAUUUGAAACGUGCUCCAGUUUUCUUUUUCAGAACGAAAUAUGCCAGAGAGUUGGAUUUAUCCAAGGGUUAUGUUUACAAUCCUUUCACACGAACUUUAGUUAAUAUUACUGAAAUUAUUUCUCAGGAGGAAUUGGAGGCAGUGAUGAAAGAAAUUAAAGAAAAACCUGACUUGGGCAAGAUGGGAGAACAAAGCGAAGAAGAUCUUCAUUAUGAAAGUGAACGUCAAGAACAAGAAAGAGAGGAGCUUGUAAAAUUGUUAACUGCAAGAAUGCAAGAGCAAAGAGUGCAGGAGGCCGAGGCAGGAAAACCAAAAGUUAAUCCAACUACAGCUGAGGAAUUGAAGUUGACAAAAGAAAACUCUCCUGUUAUUUCACAGCUCAUUGAGCCAUAUUAUACAACUCGAGGAAUUAUUUGGAAAACUCAACUUCUGUUACAAGAAAUUCAACACAAACAAACCGGUAAACAUCCAAGUUUAUUUUUCAGACUAAUUCCUGGAAUGGUGGACAUAUUGAACGAGACAUUGCGUUUUGUUGACGCGAGAAUUACUCCGCCUGUAAAAGUUAAAAAAGCAGAACAACAGGAGCCCCCUGCAGAGGAGGAAUUAUCUAAAUCAUCAGAACAAGCUUUGGCAAUUAGUGAAUUGAAGAAACGUGAUCCUAGAUUUGAUUUGGAUUUGUUACUUGUCACAAUGGAGGCUAUUGUUAUUCCUGAAAUAUUAUCUGCUUAUUUUGCUGAUGACACACACACUAUUAAGAAAUUUGUUUCUGAAUCUUGUUACCGCCAAAUCUUCUUCCCAAGAAUUCAGGAAAGACUUCAUGCAAAGCACAAACUUGAUUCAAAGGUUUUACAUGUCGCAGAUAUUCACCUUUUAACAACUAGAUAUGAUGCCGGUAAUCCUGCUCUUGUUAUUAGUUGCUCCGUUCAAUAUACUCACUGCAUCAAGAAUGAGGCUGGUGAAAUUAUUGAAGGAGGUCCUAAGGAUAUCAGACAGGAAACUCAAAUGUGGGUUUUGAGACAAGAUGAAUCUCAUGAAACGGAUGAUUGGUACAUUAGUGAGGUUUCAAUGAUGAUAGAUCCUGUUAAAAUUGUGUAA